UCCCAAACGAAACGAAUGCGAUUGUCUCGAAUUGCCUCAUUUUCAAAUUUUCGCGCGACUGCCGACAUGUUCAAGUGUGACGUGAUUGUCGACUCGUCGACCAUGACGGCCUCGACCAAGUUCCGCACGGAUAGACAUUACCCGACCGUGGCGACAGAAAUGGACGCAUUCGCAUACCUCGACUCCCCAUCUUUAGACGACCCCGCCGAAGACUCGAACAACGACGUUCCAUCGACAUCGUCGCCGUCAUUGACUCGCGCAAACAGCUCACCGUCCAUGACGUCCGCCAAGCCGCAACUUGUUCACAUUCGCGCGCCGUUGAAGGAAUCUGUGUGGAGGCAAGGACUCCCUGCCGUGAUUCAGUGGAACCCGUCCAUGGCCGGUGUGUCUGAAGUGCGCAUUCUGCUCGUUCAACGAAGCGGGGCGUACAUGAUGGUGGCAGACCAUGUCGAGAACAAUGGUCUGUUCGUGUACAUGCGCGUGCCACCGGGUUUGGCCUCUCCCGAAGCCGACUAUUUCUUGCGGAUCAUGUCCAUGGAUGGCAAACAUUUUGUCGACAGUGACUCAUUCAUUAUCUCGUCGUAAGUGGAUGUUCGAUUGCAGGACACCCAUGAUGCGACCCUAAAUUAAUCGAUCUAACUUAACUUCUCAGUUGCCUUUCGUCAUGGGCUGUUGUACACG